CUCCCACUCCAAAAAUUAAAUGUAUCAAUUCCCAUAUAUAAUAUUGAUGGCACACUCAAUGCUGGUGGAUACAUUACACACAAAUGGUUGUUUGUGGUUGAGUACCAAGACCACAGGGAACACAUUACAGCAGAAGUUACUCAACUGGGAAAAAUUAAUUUGAUAUUGGGCUGCACCUGGUUAGUUAAGCACAAUCCUGAAAUAGACUGA